UUUAAAGUUUAAACUUUUAAAAAGUAUCGUACACAAUAUAAGCGAAAGUCGAAAGUAGGUUAGAAAUUUCGUCGUAAAAUGUGAAUUGUAUGCAAAAUCAUAUUAUUUAUAAUGACGGAAAUUCCAAAUCACCACAUUAAGCAAAAUAUUUGUGCUACAAGAACACCGUAUAGAGAUGGAAAACACGCAAAGGCAGUAAAAGUAAAUAAAUACUAAUAAAUUAUUAAAUUUAUUGUAAGGAUAAUAUAAAAUAAUAUUUAAAAAAAUAUACUGACCAUAUAAACUGUAUUAAAUUAUUUUAUAAUUUAUUACAAAAUAUAUUAAUAUAGUCCAGUCUAGUACUUUACUGUUGUGACUUUACUUCUUAACCUAACUGACUGAACUUAAAUUUAAACUAAAUUAAUUAAUAAUUAAGUAUAAAUUAAUUUGAAUAAUUGACUUAAGACUUAAGUUAAGUUAAAUAAGACUUAUGUACUUACUUUACUUAGUCUUAGACUUGACAGUAUUAUUCAACUUAACUCUUAACUGAACUGGUCUUAACUUUAUUUUAAAUAUAUUGAUAAGUAUUAAAAACCCCUAGACCUCAUUAAGGUAGUAAUUCGUAUUAGUAAGCUUGCAAUCACAAAUAAAAAAAUUAAAAGGGUGUAUUUGAGCAGGUUUUAUUUGAUGACAACUCCUCUCUAACUAGUCUCACUGCAAUAUCUUCUUGCCUCAAGCAUGUGAAUCUGGCCUUGUAAACAAAUCAGGCCUUUGCAACACCAUUUAGACUAAAACUGGAGAGCCAACUGCAAACUUCGAAGACGUUCAAUUUAUCUGGAGAUCUUCCUGAGCACACAAAUAAAUUGCUGAACACUACACCAUCAGUUCCAGUACUUAAGAUGUAUGCAGCGUGCAGCUAAGGACUUGUCAAAGCAAUGUGAAGAAGGGCUCCAAUGCUUCUAUAGUUUUCAUUGUAGUUAUAGGUGCACAAAAUGACUCUAUUAAAUGGCGUAGGGAUCAAACUGAAUAUCAACAGGAGUCAGGAGUCAAGUAUGCAGUCAAACAUGGGUCUAAGUCAAGAAAGCUUAUCCAAUAUAGACAAGACAGAAUGCAAAAAGCCUUGGAAAGAAACUUUGAUGAUAUUGCUUGUAAGAGACAAAAAGAAAACCAACUUCCGGUUAGAUGGGAUUAGUGUACCCAGAAGAGCAUUGACAGGUUGGAGGCGGUCCAGCGACGAGCAGCACGCUUUGUCCUAAACCGCUACAGGAAUACCUCUAGUGUUGGCAGCAUGCUAGAAACACUAGGCUGGUCACCAUUGGAGAAACAACGACGACAAUCCAGGCUCUCCAUGAUGUACAAGAUAAAUAAUGGGCUGGUCCACUGUUCCAGUAUUAAACAGAAACUCGUCCCUCUCCCCCAUAGACAGCGACGAGGCCAUGACAGGCAAUUCAGGCUCAUACCAGCAAGAAGCCAGUAUAGGAGCUGCUCAUUAAACAGAAACUCGUCCCUCUCCCCCAUAGACAGCGACGAGGCCAUGACAGGCAAUUCAGGCUCAUACCAGCAAGAAGCCAGUAUAGGAGCUGCUCAUUCCUGCCCAAGACAAUCAGGGACUGGAACCAUCUUUCAAAAGGAACAGUUGAGGCGACAACACUAGACACAUUUGUGUCUAUUGCCUCAAGCCUUCAAACCCCUAGUGCAUAAUUUCCUCAUCAACACCAGUAACAGAAACAUUGCAAAUCCCAUCUACAUGCAUAGGAGCCAAAAUGAUCAAUAAAUUGAUCGUGGGCCCUUAAGAUAUAGAAGAAGAAGAAGAAGAAAACAAUACCCUCUUAUGUCAGUACAUGUCCUACAUCAGGGAGAUGUGACGGUACCCGCUUGAUUUUUAAUUGAGAGGGCUGACUUGUUUGUAUAUAGCAAAUGUAGUUUUUAGAUAUUUAAUCUGCGAUAUCUGGUAUAUAGACCUGAUGUGUGCGCUUGUAUAAUCCUAACAGUCAUAUCAUUCUAGUAAAUAUACUGUCAUGUAGUUAACUCUUACAUAGACGCCCUGUAAAUUGAAUACUGUUAGUAUCGCUAGCUUUGGUAUCGUUUUCUUUGUAUACUGGUUUUCUUUCCUUUGUAAUGUAUUGUUCAUCCUACAUGCUAAGCUUAAACAGAUUAAAUUUUCAACAAUGUAAUGGAAGGUAACGUAUAUUAUUUUAAAUGUUUGUCACCUAAAAUAACUUGUACUAUACAUGUAUCUUUUCAGAUAUUGUCCUUUUUCUUCUACUUUUUCUUCUACUUUUUCUUUCAUUUUUUUCUCCUCCUAUUUCUUUUUUAACACACUAAAAACAAAAAAAGCUACAGUUGUCAAGACCUCAUUUCUUAAGAUUUGUAAACUAAAUUUAAAACUGUAGUGAUAACCACACCACCCACCACUCGGCACGGUUACAUUUACAGAAUUGACCUACAGCCAUAAUUUAUGCUUAUGCCAAGGACGCAUGUCAUGACUGUGAGUAAGGAAACAUCAAGCUCUGUCCAUCGAAAAUUAUUCUUAGGGCCCAUUGCGGUCCCCCUAGCGCUAGUCAAAAAUUGUCAUAUUUUAGUGUAGUUUGUUGAUUUUAUUUAAUCACAGACAUAUAUAAUCUUAAAUUUCAGGUUUACACAGUAAAUAAUGAAUCUUGCUACCUGCUUAUACAAGGAGUUCCCAGUGUUGGAGCCAUGCAAGAACUUAACAAGUUGUGUGGAUCUUUUGGUCAGAUUGAUCAGUUCAAUGCAUUAGAUGAUUACCCAAGCCAAGACAAAUACACAGAAGUUUAUCUGGUUAAGUUUAAAAAAAUACAAUCUUCAAGGUAGUUUGUUUAGUGUAAACUUAAUUUAUAUACAUUAAUUUAGUAUAUAAACCUUGGUAGCCAAAGCCUGUUGAUUUUAGCCACACAUGCUCAACAAUUCACUGCAAUGGCCACAUUUCAGAAAAGAAAUCUAAUUACUGCUAUAGACUUAAAACUGGGGUAAGCGAAUUUAUUGUAGUGAUUCUGUGUCCACAAGAAUAAUGGAGAGACUAGGUUUUCCAAAUACCAAUGAAAAAGACAUUCUGCAAUCUGUUUUACUUUAACAAUUCUUCAAACUGUAGUUCAGAGCACAAACAAACUGACAUUUUGACAUUGUGGAAGAAUGUUGCAAAAAAUGUUUUAAAAUCUACACGUAAUGAAAAUUAAAGGUUCAGGUGGCAACACUUUGUCAUUUGAAACGCAUGGCCCAUCACAGGUAUAUAUAAAUAAAUAUAAUAGCGAUAUUUAAGCACAGUUUCUAUUAAUAAUAUGAUUAUCAAAAAAUAAGCAGGGCUACAUUAAUUUCUUUCAAUUUUUCUCAAACUUUAAUUUAAUUUUUUUUGUCUGCAAUGGAGAAACUUUUAUAUUCAAAUUAUAAGGCACAUUUAUUUCUUAUAAAGAAUUUACAUGCUAGUUCUCAAUUGAAUGGUUAAUUUGUUAAGUGUUUGAGAUUGAUUUGAAAUGGGGGCUGUAAAAAAAUAAUCUUUUGGGACAAAAUUUAUGUCAAAAAAAUUAAAGACGUAAUAGGGAUUUUACCCCACCCGCACAGAUUGACGUGCACCUGAGCAAGAAAUGAUAGAGAGAUAUAUCAUGUGCUAAUGGGUUAAAUGACCAGCUUAAAGACCUCGUAACCUAAAGACACUCAGUUUCUAGAUGGCAGGAGGCCAAUUCUUCAUUUCCUAGGGCUCAAAAUUUCUCACAUAAUAAUGCAUUGCUUGGUUCACUGUUAUUAGUUUGUCGAUCGAAAUUCAAUCAUAACUAUUUUAAUUUAUUUUCACUAUGCAGGGUGCAAAAAGACAAAAAUAUCAUAUAUUUGUGUGGGGGCGGGGGGGGGGGUGUUUCAUGAGUUUUUCUAUAUAUUUGUUGCUAUAAAUGUAGAGAUACCGUAACUACUACUAUGGACAAAAAUUUCCAUCAGUCGCAUAACUCCACAAUACAACUUUAAACUUGCCAAGCAAUCCUUGCUAAAAUCUGAUUAUAAUUUUGAUCAGGUGUUUUACCUAUUUCCAUUUUAACGUUAUAAAAAAAACUAAAAAAAAUGUUUAGAUGAUAGCAAUUUUCUUGACAUCUCCUUUUCCUUUGUUUAAAAUAUAAAUUAUUACUCACCUUAAUUGUUAUUUAAUUUCCUGUUAAAUUUAUUUAUUUCAGAUUUGCUAAAAGAAAAUUAGAUGACUAUUCAUUUUUUGGAGGAGCACUUCAUGUUUGCUAUGCACCUGAAUAUGAGUCAAUUAAUGAAACUAGAGAAAAAUUGCAAGACAGACGUCGAGUAAUUGCUGCCAAGAUAAGGCAACAUGGUAUUUAUAUUUUUUUAGUAUUUAAAUUCAAAAUUCCUGUUUAUCCCAUAAAUCAGUUUUGAAUUUAAUAAAACUAUUUUAAAGACAAUAUUAUCAAUUAAUUCCAUUUAUCAUUUAUGUUCAUGAUUCAAAUUGUUUAUUAAGGUAAAUUACAGAAUAUUAUUUUUUGUCAGAAAAAGUUGAUCAUCAAAAACCUGCCUAUUCAAGUUUACAGAAUGGAUCUUCAUCACUGGAGCCUGGUUCAAGUGGCAUGCACAAUGUUCAAUACAACAGAAUAUCUCAGUGUCAAAUUACCCAGUCUGUCACUGCAGACAGAAUAAGGAGCUGUCCGGCUGAAUUUUCUUUUUCUACAGAAACACAGACUCAGAAAAAUGAUGUGUCACAUACUUUGGAACAGUUUCCACAUCCUGAGACAUUUGAACUUCCAAGACCCCCUAAAGAGCUUGCGAACAAUGAGCGUAAACAAGUCUCUAGGUGUUUAAAAAGACCUCAUUAUUUUUUAAAGACAUCUCCAACACAAGCUACAUCAAAUCUUACCCCUAAUCCAGUAAACAUUUCUGCUGAGCACUUAUAUCCUAAUACAAUAAAAUUGGCUAAACCUAAUUUUGCUGUUUCCCAGGGUGCCAGUGACCAUAAUAUUGGAAUUAAUUUUAAUAAAAACCAGCAAGCUUUAAAUAUUUCUUCUCAUCCAUCUAAAAUAAUUGUACGUGAAUUCAAAUCAGUGAAACCUGCCCCUAGGUUUGUACCAAGACAGGCGAUGAAAAGUGUUGCGAUACAAUCCCCUGCAGCAUCAUCCAUAAAAUGCGUGGACAAGUUAGAUGCAGAAAUAAGAAAGAAUGCUUUUCAUCUUCGUGAGCCUCAAGGGCCAGCAGAAGUUCCUCACAGGGAAAUAUCAUCAGUACAGCAAUCCGUGAAUGAAACAAUUAAAGCUAUUCGAAAUAAAAUUUCUAUGGUAAGCUUAAACUUUAUGUUAUAAUUUUUGAAUCAGCUCAUUGGCCGUAAAAGUCCAAGUAACAUUUAUCUUAUUAAAUGUGUGUACGUCCCAUUGUAAAAGAAAUAAUUUAAAGAUAUUAUAGAGUAAUUGUUUUCAUUUUUAGACCAAAAAAGUUAACUAUUCACUGUUGAGAAAUUUAAUAUUUUACUAAUAGUAAUAGUACAUGUUUUUGAUAAUACUCUCCAAUUAGGUCUUCAUAAGUUUGGUUUAACUUGCUUAUCAUAGCAUUUAAUUGACACCAUCAUUAACACAGAAAAUUUGGGGGGGGGGGCAAAUCAGGACGUAUUGUACUGACACCACAGGAAGCUUGUUGAGAUGCAUGAAUUAAAUCAUUUCAUAUGUCAAAUGUUUCAUUGGUUGUGCGGUAGCAUUAUUAUCUAUCAAAAGAAUAAAAGCUUGGUAUCUAAAUGACUGUAAAAUUGUAUGAAUGUUAAAAGAAUUAAGUUAAUAUGUUAGGAUGAAAUUAUUAAGCUGCACAAUCUAAUAAAAAUGAAAAACAAGAUAUUUGUUUCUUUACUUACAGGUUAUCAACAAAGAAACCAACAAAUAGCGGUGACUUCAUUUCAUAAAUAUAUAUUGUAAUGUAAGACUUAUUUGAUAUUGUUUGCUUUUAUCUAAAACAGGAUUUUAAAUAUUUUUUUAAAUCAUAAUAUUCAUAAUUUGUACCAUCAAAUUAAGUGAGGGCUCA